GCGUUAAUUUUGAGAGGGAAGGAUCUAGUGAGUUGUUCCCCAGUAUUGGGAGAAAAAGUACAGAUGAUCCACUUAAAAUUGUGAAAGAUACCAACAUUAACCCCGCAUUUCAUAAAACGGACUUGUCAGACCUUUUUAAUCUUGUACAUUUUAUUAGAAUCCUUAAAGAAUAUGCACAUAAUACUGAUAUUUUAAAUACGAAAUAAACGACUCCUUGCGCCCCCCAUACGGUUUAUUGUCCCGCAGCGUUUUAAUUACGAUUAACAACUCAUGUCAAAUAGCUGGUUUUCCAAACACUACAGUUUUACGAUCAAACCCUUUUAACAUAAAUGAAAGUCUUUGAUCUGAGGUCGAUAUUACUUUUCACUUUUCUUUAUUGAACGGUAAAAGGAAUGGAUGUUGAACAGACAAUCGAUGUCUUUUGAAUAAAUCCACUGUGACCGCAUUAACAUUUCAAGAUUCUCUUUGGAACAUGAUAUUUGGAGAAAACAUCCCGCUUGCACUGAAUUAACCUGAAUCAUAUAGUAAACAUCUGAUUACAUUGCAGAUGUCAAAACAUACUGCAGUAACUGUCGUGUUACACUGAAGCAAGAUGAACGCUGUGCUGUGUCUGGUCAUUGUCUUGAUCCCGGUCGCGUAUGCAGGAAACGGCGAUUUCAGGCAUCGUUUUGAGAGACAAAUAACACUGGAAGGUUUACAGGCACGGGAACAUCCCUCCAGCAUACAGACAUCUCUUGAUGAAAGGAUCUGUGCUGGUCUCUGUGCCCAAGACGGACUCUGUGCUGCUGUCACCUACCUUGGUGGAAACUGCAACAUGUACAGAUCUACUCUCACAUCAUCUGCGAAAUCAUUUCCUGGAGCCAAGCACUUCAUCAAGGCAGGAGCGCUUCCUGAUCCAGACCCAUGUCCUGUAUCCAGGGGCUACACGUCCGUGUUGUCUCCCCGGCUGUGUUACAAGUUGAUAUCAAUCUCCAACAACUGGACAUCUCAAAAUGAUCUGUGCCAUUCUGAAGGUGGCCGCCUUGUCGUCCUCAACAGUCAGGAGAAACAGGAGUUCAUGACCUCAUUCCAGAGUCAAGCGGAUGUGUCAGAGUCUCUCUGGGUUGGAAUGCAGCAAGUCAACAAUGUCUUUACCUGGGAGGACGGUUCAACUUAUGUCUGGAAGUGGCCACCUGGCGAACCUGACAACGUAAGCUUUCAGAACUGUGUACGUUUGACCAAUGGUGGAAUGUCCGACAGAACAUGCAGUGAGAAUCGCGCAGCUGUCUGUGAGAUACCUCUAUAAAAUCAGAGAUAGCAAUGAGAGCAGUGAGAAAUCAUAUUGAACCAUAUAUGAGACUGCAAAAUAGCAACCUGAUGCUGAGAGAUGCAGAAAUGUCUUCGGUUUUCGUAGAGUAUUGCCGGAUUAUUUAGUUUGAUUCACAAAUUGUCGGUUCUGGAGGUUCUGGAAAGAGAGUUUUUUAUGACCACUGGAGUGAAGAUUCAGUUUAUGUGAUGAUGUCCAUUACAAAAUUUAAAAAGUGUUUACAUACACGGCUGUAAACAUGUAUGCAACAACAUCAUUACUUAAACUAAAAUCAGCAUUUUUCCAAUUAUGAACGUGUGUCAUAUACAUUACUUAUGUUAUCUUGUUUUAUACCAAGGCCUCACUACAGGAACAGUAUGGAAACCCGUUCGACUAAAAGUGAGAAAUAGAGUGAAUGAUGUUUUACGCCACAGUUUAUGGAACAAUGCUGUUUUAUCUCGUUGGACUGUAAAUAAUCGAGUUUGGGCAAUACAUGAGUGAAUGAGACACAAUCCACUCAAGAUUUCAACCAAGUAUCACAGUGACAUAUACAAAUGACAUUUCCCCAAUAAAUGUAUUGUGUACUUUCUCAAAACAAUCGGAUAUUCUUAAACGGAGCUGUGAGCGAUUUGUUACAACUAGUAAUGACGUUUGUGCUUUAAAUGAAAUGAAACUUGACAUAAUGGCUAUCGGCAAAUCUUUGAAGUGUGUCGAAAACCUCCAAUUACGCAUUGUUUGGAUAAUUAUAAAUAAAAUAUGUAUAUACACUGGCAUCAGUAAAUCCAUAUAUGUUAACAUUGAAUAUCGAUAUCGUCGUCAUGUCGACCUGAUAACUAUAGAAAUAGUGCCUUAUACUGUUUUCAAUCAAGGUUGACUUGUUAGUAUCAAAGAUCCUGAAGAUUUUGAAUUAUUUUUGUUUGAUUCUUUGUUCUUUAACGCAACAUUCAGAAAUAUUCCAGCUAUGAGAUGGUGGUCUGCAAACAAUCGAAUCUCUACCAGACAAUCUUGUGAUUAAGCCCCAUGAGCAUCGAUCUAUGCAAGUAGGAUACGAUGGCAUGCAUCAGCCAAGUCAGCGAGCCUGAUCACCUGAUCCCGUUCGUAGCUUCUUUAAUACAAGCAUAGUUGACACUUCCGUAGUUUGCAGUAGACCAAUUCUAAAUCGCAUCUUUGAAUUAAUGAGGUUGUUACAGUGUCAAAUAGUCCAGUUGGUUGUCGUUUAAUGAGAGACAUAAGCAUUCCAAUCUGGACCAGACAAACCAGAGGUAGAAAAUACUAAUACCCGAGUUUAUAGUGCUAGCCCACAGUUUAACAUGGAUACCUCACUCAGCUAAAGUAUGCUCCGAGCCGACCAGUCCAUUUUUUAUGCGCUUAAUGCGCAACGUCAUGCAGGGCAGCAACAAGUACCAUCCUUUGACGUCUUUUGGUUUGAUGCGGCCAGGGAUCGGGUCACUCACUUUCCGUCUCUCCUCACUUAAAAGCAAAUAUUUCACAUCAUGUUGGUCUAAUUUUGUAAACACUAGGCUAGUCCAAUGUGUUCAGGUCUCAUUGUAUCCACGUGGGGAAUUGAUCCUUGAUCUUAGGCGGGAUGAGCGAAUGGUUUAACCACUAGGUUACACCAAUGCACCACACAGUGGAUGAUAAAGAGUACAUUGUCAUAUCCAUGUAUAUCUAAUGUAAAAAAAUUCUUAUUGUCGUUUAAUGGUUAAUAUAGGAUAACAUCAUGAUAAAUCGCAAAGAACAAUAAAGAACGUAACGUGUUUUAGUUUACGAUAAAACAUUGUUCUACUAUGACGUCAUUUCUGGAGAUUCGAAUAUGUGCUCGAAACGUGAUGGCGUUAAUUUUGAGAGGGUAGGAUCUAGUGAGUUGUUCGCGUUAGAUGUACCUGGGCAACUUAGAUGAACGCAAUGGCUGAACGAUCGCAAGCAAAAGUGGGCAAGAUAUGACAGCCAGUAUUUGGAGAAAAAGUACAGAUGAUCGAUUUAAUAUUUGUGAAAGAUACCAACAUUAACCCCGCAUUUCAUAAAAUGGACUUGUCAGACAUUUUAAAUCUUGUACAUUUUAUUAGAAUCCUUAAAGCAGAUGCACAUAAUACUGAUAUUUUAAAUGCAAAUAAACUACUCGUUGCGCCCCCAAAGAUUGAUUGUCCCGCAGCGUUUUAAUUACGAUAAACAAUUAAAGUGACAUAGCUGUUUUUCGAAACACUACAGUUUUAUUAUCAAACCCCUUUUAACAUAAUCGAAACUCUUUGAUCUGAGGUCGGUAUUACAUUUCACAUCGAAAAAACCCAAAGAACAUUCGCUUCGUAAUAAUGGACACAACUAAAACUAGAAUCGUUUACAAUGAACCAGUCAACCAUAUGUCCAUGUUGAUCAAUACAAUAUAUAACUAUAAAUGUACUCUGAAUUACCUGCUUUGUUCUGUUACUCUUAAUCAAUUUUUCAUUCGGGUUUUUGAAUGGUGAUAAUGAUUCAGUAAAUGGAGGAUUUUGUGGAAACUGACAAAUGUAUUUUAUGGUAUAUGAUCUUAUAAGUACUAGGGCGUUCUGCUAUAGAACAUUUGAAUAAAUACACACAUUUUAUCUCUUUGCCGGCGAUCGCUUUUUGAAGGGUAACCCAUUUUAUCAUACAUGUUGGAAUGACACACACUUCUGACAUGCCAUGAGACAACCAUAUGAUUCUGAACGCAGUUGGUCAACGAACUACAAAACCAUGAAAAUCUCACACGGGUGUCUUUUGAUGUAAACUGUAAGAACUUUAAAAGUUGAAAACUUGUAUCGUCGUGAGUUGAUAUAUUUGAUAUCACGAGUAACGAGGGUGAGAUUCUAUUUAUCAUCCCAAUAUCAUUCUUCAAAGUGAGGGUAACCGAUGACGUCAAAAUGGUCUGGAAAGCAUUGUGUCUCAAUUUCAUUGAAGCAAUAUUUCAUGUGGAAGCCAGUUUGGGAGGAUGAGGAUAAGUGAAAACAUGUACUGUAUGUGUGUGAAACCUUACCAAACACAAUAAAAAUACCCACUGUG